AUGAUUUCCAACUUCUCACCAACCAUACAAAAUUUUGUAUUUUCUUCUCCAUAAAACCCCUCAAUUUCUCAAGCACCAAUCAUCUUUCAAAGUUCAAUUUCUCAUAGCAAAUAUGAUGAGUCAUCUUGUUUUUUCUCUUUCCCUCUUAGCAAUUUUCCUCCAUUCUUGCACCUUCACCCUCGGUCAGAAUCCUGCCUCUGCUCCCGCUCCAUCGGGUCCCACCAAUAUAACGAAAAUACUCGAAAAAGCCGGUCAAUUCACCACAUUUAUCCGACUCUUAGGAACUACUCAAGCUGGUGAUCAGAUCAAUACACAAUUGAAUAAUUCGAAACAAGGAAUGACUGUUUUUGCACCUACUGAUAAUGCAUUUUCGAGCUUAAAAGCGGGAACUCUCAAUUCUCUAAGUUCUCAAGAACAAGUUCAGUUAGUGCAAUUUCAUGUACUUCCUAGUUUUAUUUCAGUUUCACAGUUUCAAACUGUGAGUAAUCCAUUGAGGACUCAAGCUGGAGAUACUAGUCCCGGUGAUUUCCCGUUAAAUGUAACGACUUCCGGGAAUCAAGUGAAUGUGUCCACCGGAAUUGUAGAUGCUACUGUAGGUAAUACGAUAUAUACUGACGGCGAGCUCGCGGUUUAUCAGGUGGAUAAAGUGCUUCAGCCAUUGAGUAUCUUUGCUUCUCCGUCGCCGGCCACAGCACCGGAACCGGCGACUACAGAAACGUCGAAUCUGAAGAAGAAGUCUCCGGCAGCGUUGAGUCCGAGCUCCGGGAGCGAUGAUACUCCGGCGGAUAAAUCGGGUGCUGAUAGCGUGAACAACGUGGCGGCGUUGGCGAUUGGGGCUUUCUGUUUUGCGUUUUGGUUGUGACAUUAGAAUUUUUUGACGGUUGUGAUUGGUAAUGAAUCAUAUGGUUUGGAAGAAAUUACGGCUGCAGGUUUGGAUUCGACGGUUGUGAUCGUAUGUGAUUUCCCUCAAUUUGAAUAAUUUGUGUUUCUUUAUUGUUCCCUCCUUUUUCAUUUCAUGUGUUCUCAAUUUGGAUUUUCAACUGUAACAUAUGAAUCAAAUUUUGAAGUGGUGAACAUUUAUAUGUUUUUCAAUCGUCA